AAAGAAAUGAAUAUUUUUCGAAGAAUCCUUUUGCAUAAAAAGAAAAUUAAUUUAAAUUGACUAAAAUUUUAUUUGUUUUGUUAAAUUUAUUUUAAAAUACAUUCGUUUUUUAUAUAUCUGUAGAGUUUUUAAUCCAUUCUAGUCGAAUUAUGCAAUAAUAGUUCAUUGCCUAAAUGAUGAAACAGAGAGGAAGAGGAUGAAGAAGCGGAGAUUUACAGCAUCCUUUCUCUUUCUAUUUCAUAAAUUUCGUAUUACAAAAUUAUAAAAUGACAAUAUUUUAUCAUUUUUAAUUAAAAUAAGUGCGAAAUUAGCACUUUGUGUAUGAUAUUUUUAAUAUUUUAAUAUGUAUUUUUGUGCUUUGUAAACGUGAACAAAUACAAUCUAUACUGUUGUAUUUUAUUAAAUAAUUCGUUUAUCACAAGCGAUAUUUAUUCGUUUAGUUUCUAUUUCUAACGCCAGGUGGCGGUAGCGUAGCAUCGCGUGCUAUUUAAUCACCCUCUGAUUAAUUAUACAAACAAAAGUAUGUCAAGUAUAUACAUGAUAUAAACAAUGAUAUUAAUCGCAAGGGGAAAAAUGGCGCUGUCUUCGUAUUCUGGGUAUAGUUUUCUGAUAUAUAUAUAUAUACAUAAAAUCAGAUAAUUUCGACAUUUAUUGAUAAAUUUACCAUUAUUAUUGUAAUAUUUUUCGUGUGAAGUUUUUACUUUAAUUGUAUUAAAUAAUCUAAAACUAUUCGAGCUUUAUUUUCUUUUAAUUUUUUUUUCAUGUUUACAAAGUAGAAAUACUGAAAAUAACCCACGUUUACAAUUAUCUCGUGUCCUUCUUUGUCUUUAACUAUUUCCAUCGUUGUAUGGAUGGCUACUUCUUAUCAAACAUCUCCAUUCGUUUCUUUUAUUUAUCUCUUUCCAGUCGGAUCUAUAAAGGAUAAUUUAUAGGAAAAGGGUUGUCCCUAUUCCUAUAAAUCACCCUAUAUACAAUCCUUCCAUUUUCUUCUUGGUUUAGGGAGAGUAAACCCUUCAACUCUUGCCUCUGUCAUCCUCCUCCUUCUUCUCCAUCAGAUCACAGUUUCAUCUUUUCUCUUGACUCCCUGUUUUUUCUAUUGGGGGCCAAGAGACAGAUGAAACAGUAAUCUGAAAGAUAAGAAAAGUUUCUUCCUUCAUUCAUCUUCUCCAAUACACCCUUUUCCUUCAGACCAACCUUUAUAUUACCUUCAUUACGUAUAUAGGCUGAAUUUAGAGACUAGUUAUGGUUCCUAAAGUAAGUCCUAUCCCUCUAACAUAUAAUAAUAAAUCUAUAAUCGGGUAAGAUGCUUUUUUUAAUUCAAUACUAAAGGAAAAUCACGUAAUUUUUACGAUUUCUAACGGGGGAUAUCGAAUGAAAUUUGUCAUAAAGAAUUAUUCAUUUUACAGUUCAGAAUCAAAUUACUGAAUUAGAAUUCCGAUCAUUGUAUAUAUUAAUCGAGGUAGUAGCAUAGAAAAAUAUCACUCUUCCACUAGAAAUAUUCAAGUUCGAAACCCAAUAGGGAAGACCUCGACCUACUUCCUCUCCUGUCGAUCUUCCUAGAAACAGAUUAGUAGAUAAGAAAGGUAUAUCUUGUGUGUUGAACAAUAAGAAUAAGGAUCUUAAAUACGAGGAAUGUCUUAUUUUACUUAUAUUUUCUCAAGGCAUAUCUCUAUAAAUCACGAUUUUUUUAUGUUUAAUGAAAGUGUGGUGUUGACAGGUUAUUUUAAAUGAUUAUAUCAAUAAUAAAAAAUAACAACCCAAUUCGUUAAUUAGUUAAUUAACUCUUAACUCAUUAACAUGCUAAUUAGUUAAUUAUGCAUUCAAAAUUUCUUAAAUAAGUAUAAGAAUAAUUCAUAAAAAACAGUUAAAAAGUUAAUAUAAUUAUUAUACAAAAUAUAAACACUAUAAAGACUCGGCAUUCCCAAAAAUAGCUUAGCCCAAAUGUCAGUUAAUUGCUGUUAAGCUUUAAUUGCUUUCUAAAAACUCCCAACCUUCGCACGGUUAACUGAUAUUUGAGCCACCCCGUGGUGUUAAAAAAUUGAAAUAAACAUCCCCCUCUCCAUACAAAUAAGCAUAUUAAUUAUAUAAAAAUCUACGAAAGAUAAUCGACAUUUUAAAAAAAUCUAAUUAUAAUAAUAACAAUGUUAGAGAAAACAAUUCGAAAAGCAACUUGACGUCAUGUUAAUGAAUCUCCAUUUCGUGAAAAAUAAAAGAGUGACGUCACACGAAAGUGUUGGGAACUGGUCGAAGCAGUAAGUAAGAUGUACUAAAACCCGAUGAACAAUCGUACAAGUAAGUGAGUCAAUUAGAGGAAGAUCAAUUGUGAUGUUGACUUUAAUCGUAUUGUUUGCACUCGUUGCGAGUAUAUCCGCUUUAUCUUGUCCUUGCCAUUCCAAUAUAGAGUUAAUUAAGUCGUGUAAGAAUCCCAAAAACUGCACCAAUGGCCUGAUAGAAGACAGUUGCGGUUGCUGCAAAGUCUGCGCUAAGGCCGAAAACGACAAAUGUGGAGGACCUUGGCAUAUGCAUGGGCGUUGUGGCAAAGGGUUAGUUUGCGUUAAACCCGAAAAUCGUCCCAAACACAUAUCGCUUCAACCCGAAGGUACAUGUAAACCUUUAAAAAAGGUACAAAGCUUAUUUGGAAUUAAUGUUUCGUGAACAUGCUGCCAAAAUUAUUAACUUUUAUCAUCACUUGUUACCUUUGUUUCCACGUUUAUUGUAUUCCUAUUUGCUUAUCUGUGAAAAUUAAAUACUGUGUUUAAAAAUAUGCAUUAAA